UUACUGAGUUGACAAAUUGAGUUUGACAUUUUCACCUAAAAUUCACAGAAGCAGAAAAAGAAAGCAUAAUGUCUGUUUUCAUUAAAUAAAAACAUUCAAAUGAAGUCUUGAUGUUUUCUCUUUAUAAUAAAUAAUUUCGUCAAACAGAGAAAUAAUUUUUAGAAUCUUGUUGUGUACAACAUAAGAAAGAAGAAUGGAUUCAUGCUUGGGAGUAGAACAGGAUUUAGACAAAGCCACAACAAAAUUUAAUGCUUUAAAUGAGCAUACUAACAAGGUAUUAGAAGAGAUCAUCAGUCAAGUAGAAGAUUUAAAAAACGAGAUAUCUAAACAACCUCCAGAUAGUCCCUUGACGCAGACACAAGCAAUGAUCCUAAGUGAUCUGGCAGCUAAUGUGAAACAAACAGUAUUUCAAAUGUCAACAGAACAUCGUGAACUGCAUGCUACAGUUUCUCGUGUAGGCAAGUCAAUUGAUCGACACUUUAUUAUUGACUAUGCCUCUGUUGCUCCAAAAGCGGAGUCCUUUUCCUCUGACACAAACAGGCCUAUUAUGGAGCAGGCUAUUGCUCAGCAUUUGUAUAGACAGGGUUUAGAGGAGGUGGGCGACGUGUUCGUAUCAGAGGCGGGGGUGACCUGUGUUGAGCGGACAUGCGCGUUCGCAUUACUCCAGCGGUGCGCGAGCGCUCUGGCAGCGGGAGACCCUGCACCUGCACUCGCCUGGGCUCAGCGCCGCGCGCACCAGCUCACACACUCCCCGCUGCCAUUCGCCUUACACACCGUACAGACACUCAAGGUGGGUCGCGAGCAAGGCGUGGGCGCGGCGAUAGAGUACGCGCGACAGCAGUUCCCAGCGCACGCGGCGCGGCACGAGCGCCAGCUGGCGGCGGCGGUGUGCGCGCUCGCCUGGCUCACACCCGGCGCUGGAAACCCUCCGCCACAGUACCAGCGACUGCUCGACCCACGCGCACUAGGCAGCGAGGCGGCGGAGCUGUUCGUGCGCGAGGCGUGUGCAUUGCUGCGCCUGGCGCCGCUGUCCCCGCUGGCGGGUGCUGCGGGUGCUGGAGCACGUGUGCUGCCCGCGCUGCACGACAUACGCAACAAGAUGUGUCAGCAACACGUCGCUGCUGCCUGGGCUGAUGAUGAGCUGCCCUUGGAGGUGGAGCUGGGUGCGGAGGGCGGCGGCUACCACUCAGUGUUCGCGUGCCCCAUCCUGCGCCAGCAAGCCUCCGAGCAGAACCCGCCCAUGCGCCUGCUGUGCGGACACGUCAUCUCGCGCGAUGCCCUCAACAAGCUCGCUAUGGGCGUCAAGUUGAAAUGCCCGUACUGCCCCAUGGAGCAAUCACCCUCCGAAGCGCGACAAAUAUAUUUUUCUUAAUCGCUUGAACGCACUUUUAUUAUAUAACUGUAGGACAUGAAGCACUUCGUUAAUGACACUGUAACAUAGCUUACACAUAGCAUAUGUAACAUAGAGCGGACGUGUAAUCACAUAUAACUACCGCACUCUUAAUGAUCACUAAGGGUGACCCUUAGUGUAUAGUAUAUCAAAACUGAGGGACUUGAGUGUGUCAGAAAUAUGUGGCAAUAAAAUUAGACAGUAAUGUACGAUGUUAAAUUUUUUUAUGUAGAUUGAAAGACGCAUUGAAAAAUGAUUUCUGGAAUAAAUAAUUAUGUAAGUUUUA